ACAAAUCAAACCCCGCAUGAAGGGAUUGCUCUAAAAUAUACACCGUCCUUUGUUUUGUAUUUGUAAGAACAAUAUAACGUGCAUUAUUCGCGAAAGUGGUCUCACGUACAUACGACAACUUUUCAUUCAUUGUUUCGGAUGAAUUUCAAUCACAUUGGUAUCCUGUGCCUACUAUUGCACAUAAUUUAUUUCGUCGACUGUAUCUUCCGUGUCGGCCUUGAGUGUUCGUAUGCAGACGUGACAUCGAGUCAUUACCCGGAAGUAGUAGACAGACCGACGAGCCGACAUUUCUGUGAGUUGUUGUUGAGGCUCGUCAACUACACACUGCAGAUAUUUUGCGCUUUCGAUUACACGGACACGUUUGGUGACUGGCGGAUGAAUGGCGAGAGCGGUGGUGGCAGCGGCGGGGCCGAAGUCUCUGUCCCGGUUUAGAGGCGCUCUGGUCGCGGCCGUGCUGGGCGACUGUGUCGGCGGAGAGUUCGAGGGAGUUGAGGAGGUUCCCAUAGAAAAUGUGCUGCAGCACAUGAACAGUCUGGACGACGAGACCAAAGGAAAUGGUAUCCUUGAAUACAGUGACGACACAGCUAUGGCACGUUGUGUGGUCCAGUCUCUGCUCACCCGGGCUGGCUUUGAUGAGCACGACAUGGCUCGCAGGUUUGCAAAGGAGUACAGUGUAUCCCCCGGUCGAGGCUAUGGUUCUGGAGUGAUCCAGGUGUUAAAGAAGCUGGCGUCCCCUCACCUCACUGAUGUGUACCAGCCAGCCAGGGAUCAGUUUAAUGGUCGCGGUUCUUUUGGGAAUGGAGGCGCAAUGAGGGUGGCCCCCUUUGCGUUGGCCUUCUCUGAUCCAGCUGAUGUUAAAAAGUUUGCUCGUCUGGGUGCUAUGCUGACUCACUCUUGCUCCCUUGGCUAUAAUGGGGCAGUGCUACAAGCAUUAGCGGUCCACCUUGCCCUACAGGGUGCAUUGGACCUCCCCCAGACAUUCAUCGACACACUCAUCACAGAGAUGGAGGAAGUAGAGGCUGAUGAGGUGUCACGUAAUGACGCCAGAAUUCUGAAGGAAGCAGAGAAGCCAUUCUGUAACCGGCUUCAUCGAGUUAGAGAUUUGAUGGACACAAGCAAGGUCACCAUAGAGGAGGUCAUUUCUGAGCUGGGUAAUGGCAUUGCAGCACUCCAGUCAGUACCAACUGCCAUCUUCUGCGUUCUCCAUUGCCUGCAACCGAGGGAAUACCUUCCAGAGAACUACGGUGGCCUGGAGCGGACAAUAGCCUACAGUUUGGCACUGGGAGGGGACACAGACACCAUAGCCUGCAUGGCUGGGGCAAUUGCUGGAGCCCACUAUGGCAUCGAGGUCAUCCCUCCGCCGUGGAUCCGCUGCUGUGAGGGGGCAGAUGAUGCAGAUGUGAAUGCAGAGCGGCUUCACAUGCUUUACCAUCAGGUAUCACAGGGGAGCGGGACACAAGCAAGUGAUCAGAGCAGUGACGACACAUCUGACAACCAUCAAAAGUCUUCAAACGGCACAGAGAAGUUCACGGGUGAGCAGGAGCGUAUCCCAGCUGACUGGGCUGGAGGCAGGCACCUUGGACUCGUCGCCAGCCGAUUGCAGGGCACAUAUAGAAACAACAAACAACCAUUCACAUUCACACCUGUGGACAAUUUAGACUUGUUUUUAAUAAACCUAAUAUGCAUGUUUUUGGAAUGUGGGAGACAGCCCAUGUACCCAGAGAAAACCUGCUUGCAAAGUGCUUUGUAAUUAAGUUAAUGAACUGUAGUCAAUGCAGUGAGGAACAACCAUUAGACUAUCUUAGACCUUUCCCAUACUGGUACAGAAGAUGUUUUAGGAGGCUCAGGUUAUUGACCAUAAGAAGAAAAAAAAAAUUAACUACUCAAAUUAAACACGGUUAACAACUGCCUAACACAUUAUUAAAAUGCCACAGGAUAUUGAUAAUCAUUGUGUUUGAUUUAAGAAAAUAACUUCUUUGAGUGAAAUCAAUUAAAACAACUGUAAAAAAUGAGGUAUUCUCGCCUCCUACGUUUACUGUUUAAGCAAGUUUUUCCAUUCCAGGAUGACAAUAUCAGAGGUCUGUUAGACUUAAAUUGUGGAAUGGUGGUUCCAAAAAAAUAUUACACGGUGUAAUUAUUUGUAUUGGCCUAGCAGGGUAUGUAACAUGUACAGCACUG